AUGGCUUUGUUAUUGCGGUUAGCCGAACAUUGUGGUUGUUAUCAUGACAAUACUGACAAGAACAGAGAAGAUGAGCCUGCGCUGCUUGAUCAGGUCAAUGAAAGCAGCAGUGUUGAUUUACCACAUCUGCUAGCCGAGUCAAUGAAUAUCCAAGAUCGCAUAUUUCAUUUACAUGAAAAGUAUGAAUUGAUGAGUGAAUACAGUCGGAGUUUUGAUUUAUUGAAUGAUGCAAGUUUGUCAGAACGAUUGCAAAUUUUGAACGAGUUGUGUGAUAGUUUGCAACAUUUUGCGUUGAACAAAUCUAAAAUUCUCUCCAAAAUUCAAGCACCAUCUCUGGAUCAUUCUCAAAAGCUUUUAGCCAUGAAUCGACAAUAUCAAGACAAGUUUGUAAAGCUCUUGAAAAAUAUUGCAAGAACGAUGGAUAUUAUUCAUCAAUCUUUGAAUGACCUGGAAUGGGCAUCCGUUAAGAAGAAGUCUAUUGAAAAUCAAAAACUUGAAGAGGAUGUAUUCAAAGCAAUUCCGCUUCUCCUCUCUAAAUAUCAAAGAUUUGUCUCAACCACAAGUUCUCAAACAAGAUUGAAAAACAUGUCUAGCCAGAUCACAUACCAGCUACAAUGA